AUGAUAAUUACUUAAGAUUGUUAAGACGACUCGAUUAUUAUAAAGAAAAUACAGAAAAUAUAAAUAGUGAAUGAAACACACAAUGUUGAAAUACAAUAAAGAGAUUAAUAAUAAUAAUUUGUAUAAGAAUAAAAAGAAGUAUUUAAAUAAGAAGAGGGAUAAAUAUAAAAUGAAUUAUAAGCAUCAAAUGGAUUAUAACAAUAAGAAGAUAAAUUAAAAGCAGUAGCUGAAUAACCAAAAGAAUAUUCUCAAUAAGAAGAAAAUUUGAGAACUUUAAAUUUGUAGCAAUUAGAAAAGUAACCUAAAUAUAUGAAUAUUGCUAAUUUUUCUGAUAAGUGUUUUCAUGAUAUAAGUCUAUGUGAAACCACUUUAAAAGCAUUAGAAAAAAUGAACGUAACAAAAAUGACGAAUAUUCAAGCAAGAAUAAUACCACAUUUAUUGAAAGGUAGAGAUGUCUUAGGAGUUGCAAAUGCUGGCUCAGGGAAGACUUUGGGUUACUUGAUUUCAGCAUUAGAACUACUCUAUAAAAACAAAUUUUAUUAAAAGAAUGGAACUGGUAUCAUCAUUGUCACUCCUACUGGAAAAUUAGCUUAAUAAAUAUUUGAUUUUGUUAAAGAUCUUCUGUUCUAUCACGAAAACACUCGAGUAUUAAUUACUGGAAGUACUGAUAUAAAGGAAGAAGCUAUUAAAUUAAAAGAAGGAGUAAAGAUAUUAAUUGCCGCUCCUGAUAGACUAAAAUAUCAUUUAUAGAAUACUAAAGAAUUCAUUUAUCACAAUUUAUUAUGUUUGAUUAUAGAUGAAGCAGAUCAACUAUUAAAACAUGGUUAUGAAGUAGAAAUCUAUGAAAUUCUAAAACUUUUACCACGUGAAAGAUAAACUUUAUUGUUUUCAACAACAAGAAACAAAAGCAUUGAUGAUUUAGCUAGAAUAUCACUAAAUUAACCUGCAUAUAUUGGAAAUGAUGAUGACAUGAAUUAAGGAGCCACAAAUAGUGAUUUAAAAUAAGGUUAUUUAAUAGUAGAACCAGAUAGGAAGUUUUUACUGUUAUAUUCAUUUUUGUAACUAAAUUUAGAGAAAAAGAUAAUGGUUUUCAUGUAAUCGAGCAAUUCAGUCAAAUUUCAUGCUGAAUUGCUUUAUUUAGUUGAUAUGCCUGUUUUUGACAUUCAUGGAAAGUAAAAGCAAAGUAUCCGAACUAAUACUUAUUAUAAUUUCUGUGAUGCCGAAAAAGGAGUUCUUCUAUGUACUGAUGUUGCUGUCAGAGGUUUGGAUAUUCCAGAUGUUAAUUGA